AAUGUUUUAUUGUCUAUGGUUCUUGUUUGUGGCUUUUGUUUCAGUGCUUUGAACAAUGUAAUUUCGUUCAGAAUAACAUAAAACAAGCUAAAAAUGCUCAAAAAAAACUAAAAUCCUCCAAACACAUCAACUCUCCCUCACAUUUCUCAGUUCCCCAGUUACCAUCCCGAUUAUAACCUCAAAAUGAGUUCGAUACAAGAGCGUUUACAACUGAAGAGGGUUCCUCUGGACACCUGGAACGUGAGGGAGCAGCUCUGCCUGGCCUCGGCCGUAGUUCGGAGCGGCGAUCAGAACUGGAUGUCGGUUUCCCGCGCCUUGAAAACAGUUGGAGACCCGACUAGACCCGCCGAUUGGUACUCGCAGAAGAGUUGCGCGGCACAGUACGGUGCCCUGCUCGAGCAUGUAGAAACCCCGAAACGGAAGAAACGCAACUCGGAGGGCGCCGGCGAGACCCCACAAGAGAGCAUACUGAAGCGGCUGACGCAGGAGAGAAUAGCCGAGAUACAGAAGAGUGUGGCCGAAAUGAACCAGCAGUAUUUGAAUUUGAAGAAAGACAUAUCAGAAAUAAGCAAAUGGUCGACCUCCGAGGAUCGUCUUCAAGAGAUGUGGUCGGCCGUGGAGGCUGCCUCGCGGGAGCAAGAGCGAGAGGCGGCAAGGCGCGCGGCUGCAGCACGGGAGAGAGAUGAAAGACGGGCACAGAUGGAGAGAAAUGCGAGGGCUAGCAGUGUGCCACAGAACUCAGGCGGAGCUCCCUCCUCCCCCCUCCUCACGUCGCUGCUCAAGUCCUCGCCCGUGGUCACCACGCCGCAGCACAUCUCACACCCCGCUAACAGCGUCGACGCAGUAAGUCCCUCCGCCAACGCGCCCACUCUCUCCCAACUACUAGAGCCGAGACGAGAGAAGCACGCGGCUAUAGAACACAUCAAGAGCCAGCUAGUGCAGAUAGAGCAACAACUUAAAGCGAACCCCACCCCGCCGCCCGCGCCCCCCCUCGCGCCUCCGGAGCCGCCGCCGGCGCUCGACAUAGACGACAUAGAGAUCAAGGCCGAAGACGUAUACGCGUUUAGAGACGUGGAUAUUGAUAUACCGCCCGUGGGGGCUAUGCAUAAGGCGGUUAAUAAUAGGGUACCAGAAAAGCCGCUAGAAUGUAAAACCGACGAGCAUGAAUUACCUUCAGAAGAACCGAUGGAGACAUCUUUGAUACAAGAACCUGAACAAAUUAAGAUAGAGGAAUGUGAGACUGUGACUGAAGAAAUUAUUAAUGUAGAAACGACACCAGAAAAAGAGAUCCCCGCGCCACCGCCACAGGAACAGGAACCAGCUAUACCAGAACCGGAAGUGGUCCAGCCGGAGCCGGAAGUGAACAUCUCGUUCCCGGAUGUCAAGUUCCCGACGCCGGAAAUCAAGGUUAUACAACAGGAGGAGCAAAAGAUAAAAGAGGAAGUGAAAGAGCCGGAACCGGAAGUAGAACCGCCGGCGCCGGAAAUUGAAAAGGAAGCAGAAGUGCCAGUACCGGAAGUGGUCGAAGAAAGCACACCAACUGAACAACCAGAGCCAGUUACCGAGCCACCGAUAGUAGAGCCAGUAGUAGAAGAAACCCAACCGGAAUCGAACCCGGCCCCGAGCGAGCAGGAGGCAGAGACGGUGGAGGGAGUGGAGGAGGUUGUGGAAGAACCGGCAGUCCCAGACCACCCCCCCACGCCGCCGCCGGCGCCCUCGCCGCCCGCGCCCCGGCCGGAGGUCGAACCCGAGCCUCCUGCAGAGGAACCUACACAGGAGGACAACGAGGAUGAGAGGAGCCUGGAGGAGAUUAAGAAGGAGGUUGAGUUGGAGGAAUCGACUCCACUCAUCCAGAUCGAGAAGCAAGCUCAGAGCGAGACGGCAGACGCCGCCGAGACCAAGACAGAGGGAGACGCGGAUAUGUACGACGCACACACCGAGACAGACGAUGAUACUCCUAUGGAGUUGGUGCGUGAAGAGGAGAAAGACGGCAAAAAGAAGAGAGAUUAUUCUAGAAAGAAGAAACCGGAUUCUAGAACAUGUUCGGGCUCCGAGAGCGCGGCGGAGACGUCAGCUCCUGACUCGCCGUCCGGAGCUGACCGACAGCAGCGGCUGUGGAAGAAGUCGCUGAUGCUGGUCUAUAGCAGACUAUGCGCACACAAGUACGCGUCUCUCUUCCUGCGGCCGAUCUCUGACGCGGAGGCGCCGGACUACAGCGUGGUGGUGAAGCGGCCCAUGGACCUGGCCACUGUCAGGAAGAACAUAGACAGCGGGGCUGUGAAAACGACGGCGGAGUUCCAGCGCGACAUCCUGCUGAUGCUGACCAACGCGCUCAUGUACAACGGCAGCUCGCACCGCGUGCACCACAUGGCGCGCGAGAUGCUGCGAGAGGCGGAGACUCAGAUCAGCUUGCUAGUGGCUGCCCAGACGGCGUCCCCGCCGCCCGCGCGCCGCCGCCGCCGCGACCAGCCCCGGGCUGACCAGCCGCCGGCUAAGCGACAGCACUCGCUGUAGUCAUAUGACCAACCAACGUUAACAACCCACAA